AUGGACACAGAAGAGAAGCCUGCACCUCGGGAGAUCUCUGUGGAGGUCCCGAAGCCGCCAUCUAUUGAGGAUUUUGUCGUUUUGAAACCCAUAAGCCGCGGAGCUUUUGGCAAAGUGUACCUCGCCCGAAAAAAGUGCAAUGCAAGACUUUAUGCGAUAAAGGUCAUGAGCAAGGCAGAUAUGGUUGACAAGAACAUGACUGGGCAGAUGAAGGCGGAGAGAGACGCCCUGGCUCUGAGCAAAAGUCCAUUCGUGGUGCAUUUGUUUUACUCUCUUCAAUCGGCCUCAAAAAUUUAUUUGGUAAUGGAAUACCUUAUUGGAGGAGAUGUCAAGUCUUUGCUUCACAUUUAUGGAUAUUUUGACCAGGAUAUGUCAAUCAAAUACAUUUCAGAAGUGGCACUAGCUUUGGAUUAUCUUCACCGACAUGGAAUUAUCCACAGGGAUUUAAAGCCUGAUAACAUGCUCAUCUCCAAUGAGGGACACAUCAAAUUAACAGAUUUUGGCCUUUCUAAAGUCAAACUUGACAGAGAGCUUUCCCUUAUGGAUAUUCUCACGACUCCAUCACUGGCAAAACCUAGCAAAGAUUAUUUCCGCACCCCUGGUCAAAUUCUGUCUUUAAUCAGCCACCUUGGUUUUAAUACACCAUCUGGAGAAGGAAAGCAGCAUUGCCGCACAUCUGCACCGUCUAGCCCUGUUACCUGUGGAAAAAUAAAACCCAAAAAUAACUCUGUGGGAUCGCCUGUGUAUAAAACAUCAGAGAAGCCGUUUUCUCCAUCUGCCCAAACCUGGAAUAAAAUGCAUAAAAGUGUGUUCCACCCACGUAACAUCGCUACAAAUCUGACGCCAUCUCUGCUCAAGACCAGGAAUAGAAUUGAGACGAUGAGCGGAGGGACCACCGACACAGAAGGAGGAAUCAGUCCCAUGUGGGAGAGUGAGGAGAAGGAGAACAUGCAAAAAAGUGUUGUGGAGGGGGACAUUUCAGAGUCCCAACAUCUCGAACAGGACCAGGACUUACCCAAAACCAAGCGGGAACAAGAAAACGCUGAAAACCAGACCUCAAAUCCAGACAUAAGUUCAACCAAAACCCUGGACACGACCACGUCAUCCGUUAAGAGGAGGUUCUCUCAGUUGGAGCGAAGCCCAGAGGAGUUCCAGGUCCAAGUGAAGAAGAGCACGGCGAGCUACAAGAGGUGCUUUGAGAUCCCGGACGAGAAGACUGCGUUUCACACCGGACUCACGGGAACCUUCACCGCCAUCAACUUGAGCGACUUCAUGGCUUGUUCCGACGACCGUCUUCCCAAACGCUCCAGCCCCAUCGCCAAGUCUCUGUUCUCGGAGCUGACGGAGCCGAACGAGGACGUCUUUGAGGAAGGAGCGAAGAACCUGACUCGUUCCAGCUUAACGUCUCCUGUCGGACCAGCGAGAGGCGUCUGCAGAAGUUUAAGUUUAGAAUCGGUCUCCGAUAGUUCCAUGCAUGACAAUUCUCUCACUGACGGCCAGGCCUCUCAAAAGCCAAGCCUCAUUUCCACUCGCAGAAAUUCAAAAUCUUCUGAUGAAAAACCAAGCAAAGAGUCGACCCCAGCUAAAACAUCCUGUGAUACUAGGAACGAAACGCCAAAAUUGGGACAUUUGGGGAACAGCUCCUCGCAAUCGUCUUUUUUCAAUAGACUUCAAGGCGCAGGGCCCGGAGUAGCGCAGUCUCCCUCCUUCCUGAAGCCGAGGAACGUGGUGGCUUUCCGCAGCUACCACAGCUCCAUCAAUCGGUCCAACGUUUCGGGAGUGUCCAGGUUCAGUAUCGGCUCGGUAGACAGUAUGGAUGUGACCGCCCCCUGCCACUCCUUCAACGCGACGCCCAUGCAGAAAAGACCGAGAAGAACUAGCUCCUUCUGUCAGACUCCUCAGCCAAUGUCGACGUCCCACACCCCGUUCAGAACCCCAAAGAGCGUCCGCAGGGGGGCCGGUCCAGUGGAGGGGGCUCAGAUUUUAGGCACUCCGGAUUAUCUGGCUCCUGAACUCCUCUUGGGGAAACCACACGUUUCAGGAAGGUUUGGAGGCGACUGCAUGGUGGACUGGUGGGCCCUGGGAGUCUGUCUGUUCGAGUUCCUCACAGGGAUCCCCCCCUUCAACGACGAGACGCCUCAGCUCGUCUUCCAAAACAUUCUCAACAGAGACAUUCCGUGGCCGGAGGAGGAGGAGGCCCUUUGUCCCCGCGCAAGAAGUGCCAUAGAAAUCCUGCUGACCAUGGACAUGACCAAGCGCGCUGGUCUGAAGGAACUGAAGAAUCACCCGCUGUUCGAGGACCAGGAUUGGGACAACCUCCAGAACGAGGCCAUGCCCUUCAUUCCUCAGCCCGAAGACGAGACGGACACCUCCUACUUCGAUGCGAGGAACAACGCGCAGCACAUCGCCGUCUCUGGCUUCAGCCUUUAG